GUCACCUGUGAGAUAAGUCAUUUGAUUAUCGGGGUCCUAAAUACGAGUAUAUAAGAAACAUGUUCUUGGUUGAAACUCACAGUAUACUAAAACUUUGUAGUAGUUUUACCUCACUACAAAGAUGCGUUCCAUCAAUAUUGUGUUGAUACUCGCUGUGGUCGCAAUAGUAAACGCGGCACCUGCGGAUAAAGAUAAAGUAAAUGAUAAACCAUAUUACGAUAUAAAAAAGUCUGCAGAAUUGUUUGAGAAGUACAUCAAAGACUACAAUAAACAUUACAAGGAUGAAGCUGACAAAAAAGUGCAUUACCUAGCUUUUGUUGAGAGUUUAAAGAUAAUCAAUAAAUAUAAUGCAGAGAGCGACAGUGCCGUAUUCGAUAUUAAUUAUUUGGCUGACUAUACCAAAGAAGAGAUGGAAAAAAUGCAUGGAUUACGCAUUCCAACAACAACACCAUCUGUAGUUUACUGAUGAUACAUACUAGAAAACGAACAUAUCGACUUGGAUUAAAACUUGAC